UAAGAAGCUGUUGAUUUCCCUUGCACGCAAUUGCAAUCAAUGGCAUGAUCACCCUUUGUGAGCGAUCGAGGAGAUGUCCAAUGCCGUGGGGAGUCGCAUUGGUGCCGACAUCUUCUCUCCCCUCCAAAGGGGCACUGCAAUCGUGCGGCCCCAUGGGCAGCCUAUUGCUCAAAGGGUCCUUCGUCAUCAACGCCAAUCGCAAGGGCCAGAGUUAUUGAGUUGUGGCGUCACAUCCUUUGUACUUCCCUGUUUAGCUGGCCCUUGUUGGGCUGGGAAGAGAAGUGCUGGAAGCCGACUGAGCAUAGGAGCGAAUCCUGCGGCAACAAGGAAGAUUGGCUAUUCCCAACUUCAUGAUGAAGACGAGGAUGAGGGUCCAGUCACCACCGUCCUGGAUUUCAGCAACACAGAGGAACGCCUUCAAAAAAUCAAGGAUGCGACGCGGACGCCAGUGACUCUCCUCAGCGGGUUUCUAGGAUCAGGCAAGACCUCACUCUUGAAAAAUAUUUUGGAGAACCAGGAAGGUGUAAGGCUGGGAGUCGUGGUCAAUGAUGUCGCGGCGGUCAACAUCGACGCGCAGCUGAUUCAAAAGUACGAACAAAAUGGAACCAUUGAAAUUGCUGAACUUGCAAAUGGCUGUGUUUGCUGCACUGCUUCCGACGACUUGGUGGCAUCAGUACAAGAGCUGGUGAACAGAGCGUACUCAAGGCCUUUCCACCAUGUGGUAAUUGAGCUCAGUGGAGUUGGCGAGCCAGAAGCUAUCAAACGACAUUGGGACAUCGGAGUAGAAGUAGGAAUGCCUGCAACAUUGAUGACAGAAAUCAAACGCACUAUUGCUGUGGUGGAUUCGAGCCUCUUUGGCAACGACUGGAUCGACAGUCGGAAGGCGACGGCAAGAAAUGAAGAAGGAACAACGCAUUCGAGUCUUGAAACUGUGGGCCAGUUACUGGCAAAGCAAGUUGAAAAAGCAGAUCUUUUGCUAAUGAACAAGAUAGACUUGGCCAGCAAAGCUGAACUUGAAACAACAGAGGAGGUUCUUCAUGCACUAAACCCAACGGCCGAGCUCAUUCGCUGUACCUAUGGGAAGGUAAGUCCCAUUGAGCUCCUUCCCGAAAUUCCUCAUGGGCUUCAGUAUCCUGAAUUUGGUAGAGGCAAAAAUUACCGCUGGGCUCAAAAUCCGCAAGUUCUCCAGAUCCGUGUCAAGGUGCCGCCGGAGACGAAAUCCAAAGACAUCAACUUUGACAUCGGAAGGACCUGGCUGCAGAUUUGGGUCAAGGGAGAAAAGGUGCCCCGACUGCAAGGAAAGCUCUUCGGCCGCUUGAAGGGCAUCGAAGAGUGGAUUUGGGAAUUGGAUGGAGAAGGCGAUGAUCGGCACGUUGCCGUCUUCCUAGAGAAGACCCAUGAGGGAUUGUGGGAAGAUCUGUGGGAGAAGCAGCAGCCAAAUGAGCCAGCGAUGGAGCAUGAACCGGUAGCCGCUGCAGAAGCUGCAGCCGAAGUAGGUGAAGCUGGAGCAGCUUUGUGCGCACCCAGUGCUCCACAUGGAUUCCAAGUCCAGCAGCAAUCCUUGAUCUACAGAAGCGCUUCUGCUCGGGGCCACCUUGAAUGCCUGCCUGUGAGGAUAAGGCGAAGAAAAGCUCAAAGCAGAUUUGGAAUUCGCACCUUUACUUACGAGCGACGUCGCCCAUUCAACGCCUCAAGAUUACAGAGGCUCAUUGAAGUGUGGCCUUUGCCAAGACGGGGCAACAAAAAGUUUUGUAUAACAGACCUGCAGUCGAAAGAGACUGAAGCAGAUGAAGAGGUCAGAGCUGCCUUGAAGCCCGUCCUACGCUCCAAAGGCUUCAGCUGGGUCGACUCAGAGCCUUUCCGCGUCAAUGAAUGGUCUCACGCUGGCAGAUCACUGUCAGUGAUACCGCAGGAUUGGUGGUGGUCUGUCCUCAAGCCGGACCAACUCAACUUCCAAAUUUGUUAUCCAGGUGCCAAAGGCAUUUUUGAACGCGCUCGUCGUGAGAAGUGGCAGGAGCCUUGGGGCGACCGACGGCAAGAGAUUGUGUUUAUUGGCGGACCGGACAUGAGCAACGUUCGCAUAAGCAGGGUCCUGGAUGAUUGCUUGGUCACCGACGAUGAGCUCGAAGACUUCAAGCAACGUACCAUGGACACGCACCCACCUGAUACGUACUUUGGUGUUGAAGGCUUGUUGCGACAAAUGGGAGAAGAUCCAGAAACGUUUCGAGGAGGCAGCCCAAAAGAGGAGAAUGGCACAAUAGAUGUUUCCGCGGUGCCUCCAUGAGAACACUCAAAAGAGAACUGCUCGUGUGUGCAAAAGC